UCAGUGUGGACACGUUACUGACACACCUCCAUAUAUCUGGUAUUGUGUAUGAAGCAAAUGGAGUAGAGAACCAACUAGCUGAAGAAUGAUAGAUUAGUACAGCUCUUUUGCUCCCAGACGUAAACAAUCCGUCAGCUGAGAGAUGACGUGUGAGUGACGUCACAGUGGGAGGCCGAAAUGUAAACAAACCAUAAGCUGAGGGGAUCUAUGACGUUGUGAGUGACGAAACAGCUGCGCAGCCAAUCAGCUGAGAUGCAGAAACCAGUGUUAAGUACGACUAACCACAGACAAGGUCAAGCAGUCAACAUGCCAUCAACUACAGAUGAUGUUCAGCGCCAUUCAGUGCAUACGUUGGUUUUCCGAUCUUUGAAACGGACUCAUGAUAUGUUUUUAUGCGAUCAGGGAGCUUUGCCUCCAGUUGACGAGUCUUUGGAGAAACUUCGACGGCUAGUAAAGUCCCGGGACCAGUACGGUCCAGUCCUCAACCUAGUAAAGCAGAAUAAAAGAAAGGCAGCCACACAAGCUGUUUAUGAUGGUGAACCUGAAGACCACCCACCCAGGCCAAAUAGUGUUACAAAUGGCUCUGUGUCGGCUCCCUUGGCUCUUCCACCACCAUCAAGCCCCCAGGCUCCCCCUCCACCAGCGCCAUCACCAGUCAGCAUGGCAGUUGUUCCUUCUCAGAUCACUGGUGCUAGUAUAGGCCAGCAGUCGCUCGUGCCUCGCCGUGCUCCGACGUUACCAAGACCUAAGUGGCACCCACCUUGGAAACUUGCCCGAGUCAUAUCUGGUCACCUUGGCUGGGUGAGGUGUGUUGCUGUUGAACCAGCAAAUGAAUGGUUUGCCACAGGUUCUAAUGACCGGGUGAUUAAGAUUUGGGAUUUAGCAUCAGGCCAACUCAAGCUUUCCCUGACUGGUCAUGUGUCAGCAGUGAGAGGGCUGGCAGUUUCUCCUCGUCAUCCUUACCUGUUCUCAUGUGGAGAAGACAAGCAGGUUAAGUGUUGGGAUCUGGAAUAUAACAAGGUGAUUAGACAUUAUCAUGGUCAUCUGAGUGCCUGUUAUGGAUUAGCAUUGCAUCCAACAAUUGAUGUCUUAGUUACUUGUGGCCGAGACUCUACGGCCCGCGUAUGGGACCUUCGGACUAAAGCAAACAUUCAUACACUUACUGGUCAUACCAAUACCAUUGCAUCGGUUGUAUGUCAAGCAGCAGAACCUCAGGUAAUCACUGGCUCUCAUGAUUUUACUAUACGUUUGUGGGACUUGGCUGCUGGCAAGAGUACAUGUACGUUGACCCACCACAAGAAGAGUGUUCGAUCCUUAGCUGUUCACCCAGAACUUUAUAUGUUUGCGUCAGGGGCACCCGAUAACAUCAAACAAUGGAAAUGUCCUGAAGGGAAGUUUGUUCAGAACCUGACAGGCCACAAUGCUAUAGUCAACUGCCUGGCAAUGAACCGAGAAGGGGUUCUAGUGUCUGGAGCAGACAAUGGCACCCUCUAUUUCUGGGAUUGGCGGACGGGAUAUAACUUCCAGAAACUCCAGGCACCGGUGCAACCAGGUUCUAUGGACAGUGAAGCCGGGGUGUUUGCCAUGACAUUUGAUCAGAGUGGCUCACGGCUAAUUACCUGCGAUGCAGACAAAACUAUCAAGAUUUACAAGGAAGAUGACACUGCAUCUGAAGAGACACAUCCAGUCAACUGGAGGCCAGAAAUUUUGAAGAGGAGGAAGUACUAGAUGUAUCUUUAGAGUCACUGUCCUCUUUUAAUAGUGGAUGAAGCAAGUUAGACAUUUUAGGAAUCCAUCUGAAAAAUGUGCUAUAAAGUCUUGUAAGUUUUCUAUUGCUUUAUACAGUAGUAUAUGUCCUGUUUAGGAAAUAAAUAUGGAUAAAUUUCCUGUAA